AUGACGGACCAAUCGGGCACCCAUCAACAAGCUGGUCUCGACCUCGUCGCUGCGAACGCGGCACUACUGGCAGAGAAUCAGCGAAUGGCCGAACUAUUGGCGACCUUGCAAAACAAAGGUGAAAGGAAAAAUGUCGACAAGGAAGUGAACACUGAUCAGCAAAACGAACACCAGUCAGAAUCCAAUGACAAAACAGAGGAGAAAACCCCGAAGACCGGAAGGAGACGAGCUAACCCCUUCUCUGAGGAAAUCAUGAGUUUCAAAAUGCCUCAGAACUUCACGCUUCCUAUGACACUGGUACCUUACAAAGGGAUCGGAGAUCCUAAGAUUCAUGUGACCAAAUUUGAGUCCAUGAUGUUCCUCAAUAGCGAUUCCGAUCCCAUAUUAUGUCGUUCUUUCCCCACCUUUUUAGACGGUGCUGCGCUGUUGUGGUUUUCCAAUUUGCCUGCAGGUUCAAUAACAAGUUUCGACGACUUCUCCAAACUCUUCAUCAAUCAGUUCGCGGCUUCCAAGAUUUAUGUAAGAGACUCAGACUAUCUCAGUACCAUCAGACAAGGACCGCACGAGAGCCUGCGGGACUAUAUGACUCGCUUCACAACGGCAGCCAUGGAGAUCCCCGACCUUAACCCAGAAGUUCAAUUACACGCCAUAAAGAGUGGCCUGCGCCCAGGAAAAUUUCAAGAAGCAAUUGCGGUUGCAAAGCCGAGAACACUAGAGGAGUUUCGGGAGAAAGCGACCAGACAAAUCGAGAUAGAGGAACUACGAGAAACUCGGAAGGGUGAGAGGCAGCCGAACAAAAGAGACGAAGAUAGGACAAACACCAGAGAUUCAAAGAAGCCCUUCAGGCUGACACCCAAAUACGACUCCUACACCAGAUUCAACACCAAGAGGGAAGACAUCAUUAAGGAGAUACUACAUAACAAGUUGAUAAAGCCGCCGAGCAGAGCCGGCUCAUAUCAGGACCAGCGCUAUGUGGACAAGUCCAAAUACUGCGCUUUUCACCAGAAGUUCGGCCACACAACCGACGAAUGCGUGGUCGCAAAGGACCUCCUGGAAAGACUAGCGAGACAGGGACACCUAGACAAAUACAUCAGCGGCAAAGCAAGGGGUACCUCCGACGACCCUGAUAAUCGGCACCAGGAGCGAAAGCAGCCGACCUUGGAUAAAACCAGAACCCUACCCCCACCAACGAGGGGGGUCAUCAACUGCAUCUCUGGGGGGUUCGCAAGUGGAGGCAACACUAGUUCGGCGCGAAAACGACGAUACAGGGAUAUGCUAACACUGCAGCGAACGACCGAGAUAUCGACGGCCAAUCCGAAUAUACCUAACAUAUAUUUCAAACAAACAGACUGUCAAACCCACUCCGAUAAUCUGGAUGACCCCGUCGUAAUCUCUAUCCAAGCAGGGGACCUCCUCGUUAGAAAAGCCCUCCUCGACCCCGGCAGUAGCGCCGACGUCCUUUUUUAUUCAACCUUCAAGAAAAUGAAACUCAGCGAACGAUCCCUUCUACCCUCUUCAGGAGAGCUGGUCGGAUUCUCAGGGGAACGAGUGUCAAUCCUCGGCAGCAUCUGGUUAAAGACGACCUUAGGCGAACAUCCAAUGAGCAAAACUAAGGACGUGCAGUUCCUCGUAGUAGAUUGCAUUAGCCCAUACAAUAUUAUUUUGGGUAGACCCUUUUUAAACUCUUUUGGCGCCAUCGUUUCCACACUGCACCUAUGUGUCAAAUUUCAGGUACAGGAGGAGCAGAUAGCCACCAUACACUCCGACCACAUUGAAGCUCGCCGAUGUUACAAUGAGAGCUUAAAGAUCAGGACAGAUACCCGACCAAACCCCGAACCAACCAAAGGCACAUACAACAUCGCCAACAUAUCGGGCGUUGCCGAGCUCGAUCCACGAGGAGAUCUCCAUGACAAACCAACACCAACAGACGAACUAGAAAAGGUACAAUUAGAUAACAAUGUUAACCAUUACACUCACAUCAGUUCUUCCCUCCUUUCAGGAACAAAACAAAAGAUAACAAGCCUACUUCGGCGAAAUGCCGACCUGUUCGCUUGGACACCAGCAGAUAUGCCCGGCAUAGAUCCAAACCUCAUCUGCCACAAGCUGCAAAUCAAUCCGAAUGCACGACCCGUCUCCCAGAAGAAAAGAAACAUGGGAGACGAGAAGCGUGCAGCAUGCCUUGAGGAAACACAGAAGCUCCUCCAAGCAGAAUUCAUAGAAGAGCUCCGAUUCACUACAUGGUUAUCAAACGUAGUUAUGGUAAGAAAGGCCUCAGGUAAGUGGCGCAUGUGUGUAGAUUUCACUAACCUAAACAAAGCAUGCCCCAAGGAUGCCUAUCCACUCCCAUGCAUAGAUAAAUUGGUAGACAAUGCAUCAGGAUAUCCUAUUUUAAGUUUUUUAGAUGCAUAUUCUGGUUACAAUCAAAUAUUAAUGCAUCCAAAAGAUAAGGAUAAAACAGCUUUCAUAACUGAACUAGGAAAUUACUGUUAUACUGUUAUGCCUUUUGGCCUCAAGAAUGCAGGGGCUACCUAUCAACGCCUCAUGGACAAAGUCUUCAGCAAACAAAUAGGGAGAAAUCUAGAGGUAUAUGUUGACGACAUGGUCGUCAAAACCCAAAAAGAAACCACCCAUGAUACCGACCUAGAAGAAGUGUUCGGUCAGCUGAGGAAACAUAACAUGCGACUCAACCCGGACAAGUGCGCUUUCGGGGUGAAGGGUGGAAAGUUCCUAGGCUUCAUGCUGACGUCAAGAGGCAUCGAGGCAAACCCGGAGAAGUGUGAAGCGAUCAUUAACAUGAGACCUCCCCGAACAAUAAAGGAAGUCCAGAUACUAAAUGGAAGGCUGGCCGCACUCUCCCGAUUCCUACCAAAUGUAUCAACACAUUCCCAACAUUUCUUCAACAUACUGAAGAAACAAACAAAGUUCAACUGGAACACAGAGUGUGAAACUGCUUUUCAGAAAUUAAAGGCCAUAAUCUCGUCCCCUCCGACCUUACAAAAGCCAAAUCACGAAAAGCCACUACUAUUAUACUUGUCAGUCUCACCAAAAGCCAUCAGUUUAGUACUCGUCACAGAGAUAGAGGAUAAGCAGGAACCAGUCUACUUCGUCAGUAAAACAUUGCAAAAUGCCGAGCUCAGAUAUCCACCAAUGGAGAAGCUGGCAUAUGCACUUAUACUCACAGCAAGAAGAUUAAGACAGUACUUCCAGAGCAACAAGGUCAUCGUCAGAACAAAUCAACCCUUGCGACAAAUUCUCACUCGACCCGAGGUCUCAGGACGACUAACCAAAUGGUCUAUAGAAUUAUCUGAAUUUGACAUAGUAUACGAGCCGAGGACAACGUUGAAGGCACAGUUUUUAGCAGAUUUUGUAGCCGAGUUAACAGAGCAGGAGGAUCACGCACACACAUGGGAGCUCUAUGUAGAUGGAGCCUCAAACUCAGAAGGAUCGGGAGCAGGAGUGUACUUGACAAACAGCUCGGACCUCCAAACAGAGCAGUCAAUCAAAUUCUUAUUUCAAACAAGCAACAAUCAAGCCGAGUACGAAGCCCUACUAGCCGGCCUCCAACUCGCACAAUCCCUAAACAUAACACACCUACAAAUAUACUGCGACUCACAACUGGUAGUACAACAGGUAACCGGGAACUUUCAGGUAAAAGACCAACUGCUAGAAAAAUAUCACGCGUUGGUAAGGGAACUCAUAUCUCAUUUUACUUCCAUACAAAUCACACACAUAGCUCGGGAACAAAACACCCGAGCAGAUGCUUUAUCAAAACUAGCAACAACCAGGAAAAAUAUGCAUGAUUCCGUCAUAUCUCAGCUAACCCUUGCAGAACCAAGUUUUGGCAAAACAAUCUUUUCUAUCACACAGGAACAAGACUGGCGAACACCAUACAAGCAAUUUCUACAAACAGGAACCAUACCAACAACCAUAAAAGACGAACGAACCUUUAAAAGGCGAGCAGCAUCUUUCACACUGAUUGGAACCGAGUUAUACAAAAGAGGAUUCUCCCAACCACUACUGAGAUGUCUAAGCACGGACGAAGCUAAGCUGGCCAUGGAUGAAACCCAUGAAGGAGUGUGCGGCAACCAUAUAGGUGGGAUCAGCCUGGCAUCGAAAGUCGCCAGAGCAGGCUAUUAUUGGCCAACAAUGAAGAACGAUUGUGUCGAAAAAGUGAAAAGAUGUGACAGAUGCCAAAAGCAUGGACCAUUAACUCACAACCCAGCCGAGAACCUGCACACCUCGGAGGUAAGCUGGCCGUUUUAUAAAUGGGGGCUUGACAUUCUUGGCCCAUUCCCCAAAGCUCCAGGACAGGUAAAAUAUUUACUUGUAGCAAUUGAUUAUUUUUCGAAAUGGAUAGAAGCCAUACCACUAGCUAAAAUAGGAGCCGACAAAGUCCGAGCUUUUCUGUGGAAAAACAUCAUUUGUCGUUUCGGUAUACCACAUGCCAUUAUAACUGACAAUGGUCGGCAGUUCACCGAUCAAAGCUUGGCAGGAUUUUUGCAGGGUUUCGAGAUCAAGCAUCAUUUCUCAUCAGUAGAACACCCACAAACAAACGGACUUGCCGAAGCAGCUAAUAAGAUAAUUCUUAUGGCACUCAAGAAAAAACUCGGCGAAGCCAAAGGAGAAUGGGCAGAGCUGAUCCCAGAAAUACUAUGGGGUUACAACACAACAACACAAACAACCACCAAGGAAACACCUUACCGACUCGUUUAUGGCGCCGACGCAAUGAUUCCAGUCGAGGUCGCCCUAACAUCGGCAAGAACAACAACAACAACCUCGGCAACAAACAAUGAUAAAGCCAGACAAAUGGAGCUAGACACAAUAGAGGAAGACAGACACAAGGCCGAGAUAAGACACAAGGCAAUGCAAAGCAUAAUAAGAAAGAAAUACAACAAGAAAGUCAAACUCAGGUCCUUCGUAGAACAGGACCUCGUCCUAAGACGAACAGAGGAGGCGAGGAAACCACAAACACAUGGAAAGCUCGCCGCAACAUGGGAAGGUCCUUACAGAAUAACAAGAGUGCUCGGCAAAGGAGCAUACAAACUUCAAACACUACAAGGGAACGACGUCCCUGGAAUAUGGAAUGUAUCAUCUCUACGAUCAUAUUUUUCAUAA